AUGCCUUCGUGCGUCUUUACCCGCACCCAGGUACUGGAAAGCCUCUCCGACGAAGAUGCUCGUCAGGAGGCGGAGUCGAUUCCAGAGUUCAUUUACUUUUUUCUGCGUGAUGUCUUCCUCGCCGUUGACGAGGACGGUGACGGCUACGUGACGGGCGAUGCUGUAUCACGCCUGUUCCCGGCCCUCGCGCCUGUGAGGGCAACAAAAGAUGCUGCCUCGUGCCCUGCAGCCUCCAGCCUCAUGACGCCGACGGUGCAUCCGACGUGGUGGAGUCCGACGUCUUAUGUCGCCCCUACGCGGUGUGCCGCCGCUUCUCAGCAGCGCCCUUUGGACUUGUGCGGUUUCAUGCAGACGUACUGGCCGAUGGUGAGCGAUAAGAUGGCGCACUUCGUGGGUGACACAUGGAGCAGGCAUAGCAGCGACAACCUCAGCGACUCUCGAGGACAACGCGCAUCGGUGAAUCAACAGCCCAUCCUCUCUCCCUCUCCAUUUCGCGACGUCUCGGCGUCGCCGCUGCGGGAACAACCGACCAGCCCUCUCGCUGCUUUCGUUACUGGCGGCCGCUUAGCCCCGUCGCCGGUUUGUGGGUCGAGUCCGCUGAUGGAGAGAGAGACGGUUUCCCCGGAGCAGCAUCGCCUCUACCGUGAGGCUGUUCGGUGUCUGUGGACGAGCAGCUGCCCGCUGUCGCCACAUGCCCUCACUCCUUCCCCUGCGCCGUCUGUACCAUCGCCAAUGUUGCUGCCUUGUCCGCAGCGUCUUCUGACGGAGAGCGACAUGGAGGAGCUGCUGGUGGCCUUUUCCUACCUGGACAGAAACCACAGCGGGUACGUGGGCGUGGCGGACGUGGCCGCUGCACUGCGGUCGCUCCUUCGCGCAGCCGCGUGCGCUGGCCAGGCCAUUGUCUCUACCGACACACCGGCAGAGGUGAGUGACGAGGUUCUGCAGCUUGCAAAUGCGAUGUUGCGCAUGGCCUUGUCCUCGACUACUACAGCAGACGAAGCUGUUGCCACACAAGGAGUACCUGCCUCUUCGGCACCUUCUUCCUCUAGCGGCUCUCCGGCUGUGCCCUCGUCGUCUAGAAGCAGUCCCUGCGUGAGCUGGACGGCGUUCGCGCGUUCGUUCCAGUGCGACACGGGUGCCUUUCCAGCAGAACUCAUCGCGUGGUGCGCAGCGUGCGCUCGCGCAAGCCGUGAGCUGCCCGCCCGCGCGCUGGCCACUUCGCCGCAGUGGAUGUCUCCGGUGGAGUGCGCCUACGUUCAGCAGCUGCUCGUCUCGUACGUCGACCUGCUGUGCGCUGAGAAGGGCAGUGUCUCUCCUCACCCGUCGUCGACUGCGACGGAGAAGGCACAACCGGUGCCAGCGGCUGCGCUCUCCCCGCGCCUCUCUGUGAACACCCACUUCACAAAGAAGCCGCCGCAAAGCUGCGGGUCGGCGGGCACCUGCGGCGAUCGUCGGCACAGCCGAUAUGUGUGCCAGACGCAUGCGACUGCGGCCGCAUUGCAGCAGUGGUGUCAAUGCGCGAACGCACAGGCAAAGCACUUGGCAGAGAGCGACAUGAACACUGUACCGCUGACUCUGCUGGAGGCGAGCCUUCGACGGGAUCUGCAGGCAUUCCUGUUUCCUAAGGCAUUCGAGUUCUCUGCUGCGGCAGGGGCGGCACUGGCGGAGGUGUUGGAACACCAUGUGCAGGCCGUGUGCGCGCUCGCACAAGGUGCGGCCCGUCUCCCUGCUCUCUGUCAUUCCCCGAAUGCAAGGAUGGAAGGCAAAGCGUCGGCACUUCGGGGUCUCGCCGGGCAUUGUUGGGAGUCGGUGCACGUGGACCUGGACAAGUUAGUCGACGUCAUCACCGCCGAUCCGCGGUACUUGCAACUGGAGGUACUGGUGCCUUUGGAAUCACGGCUGACCGCCGUCGUGGACGCUGCUCGGCACCAUCCGCGGCGCCUCGUUGAGGAGGCUGUGAGGCUUAUUUCUGUGUUUGUGCAUAGCGCACGACUGGGCGACUCAGAGCUGGCGGACGUGCUGGAGCUGCGGCGUGCGCUGUCCACGGUUUCCCCUUCGCUGGCGCGGCUCAUCACCGGGGCCACCAGCUUCUGCGAGGGCCGACUGCGCUUGGAGGAGUGCAUGAUCACGAUCUCUACCCACGUUCUAUCGGUGCCGCCGCCUUUGCCCGUGGCCGUUUUCCCAGCCUUUGCAGGCUCUGUUCUUCCAAGCGCGCCAGUGACCAAGCACGACGACGCGGUGAUGGCUUUGUGCGAUCAUCCUUGCUACGCAAUGUUGCAGGACACGCGCUUGCUGAAGGCAUCGCAUGGUUGGCUGCGCUACGCGUGCCGACGGAUGCCACCCCGGGAGCAGCGCACUGUCAUUGAUGCGCUAAGGCUCAGUUGCGGUAGCAGCAGCCGAGGAGGGAGCUUAUUCGAAGCCGCCGCUCGCGGCUUUGGUGUAAUCCUCGAUGCGAGACUCGACAACAGGGAGCAGCAACGCUCUCUUUCUGCGUGCGACGUGUACAGCGCGAUGCUGCCACGGGUCAGGGCAAGCUGCUGGGUAUGCCGAAUGGACCCUGUCGUGGCGGCGCACGCCACGCUGGUCCUGAUCGCUGCCAGUGGCAGCGCCGACAUGACCGAUCUGACGGAGGAGUCCGUGUGGUGGGCGGGUGUUCACACUUUGCUGGGGCAGUGGGUUCACGCCCAGCAUAGCCGCCGCUGUCUUUUAGAGAGCGCCGAUGCAUGGGCUAUGGAUGCCAUCAAAUGUACUGCUGCGGAGCUGGGACUGCCGUGCUGCCGAGCUGUGAGCCAAGUACUUAGCCACCUACCCGUCGCAUCAUCAACCGCGUCGCGCGUGGUCGUUGUUGAGGAGGAAGAGCUGACGCAGUCUCUGAGUUGUGUCGUCGAGUCUCUCUCUCUUUGGGCGACUCCGCCGUCGGCGAAUCCAGAAUGGCAGUCGUCGUCCGCCGCGGCGUGUGCGCGGCUUGUCGACACGCUCGUUGGCUCGUGCCCUCGCCGCGACUCGACACGAGUGGAUGUCUCCGCGCUGCUUCGGCGGUGGCUGGAGGCGUACCCUUUGCCACUGCCAGUCACGCAUGUGUCGCUGUGCUGCGCGGUCGAGGAGGUCGGGUCUGUAUACUACACGCUAAAGCGGCUCGCCGCCUCAGAGGAGGCUCAGCGUCGACGAAGCGAGACGCCGGCAGGCGGGGCUGCGGCGCCGCCCCGCACCGUCAGCGAGGGACGCGCAACCGCAACUGCAGCGAGUAGACAAGUCUCAUCUGCACCUGUCGUGACCGGCAUCAGCCCGGUGUGCUUGUCGGAGCUUCUGGAGAACGAGGACGUUCUCCUCGCUCUGUAUGCCGUCAGCCCGGCAGAGGCAGUUGGCGUAUGGGGCGGUGCACUGUGCCACCUCGGCGCCCUACUUCGCCCGGUGUUGCUGAGCUCAACGGGCGUACGAGUGUCGCUGUACAAGCUCAGCGGGCGGUCGUCGGAGAGUGAAGGCGCUGUGGCCACGGCGGUGCCCAGCUCCACAUCUUCUCCACGACCUUCGAAGGCCAUCUCGCACCGAAACGGCGGCCAAAGCUCCUUGGCCGACGCGAUUCUGUCCAUGGCUGUGCCUGCGUCUCUGCAGCACGCCGUGGCUCAGCUCUUCGCCUGCGUCGACGUCGAGGGCACAGGCGCGGUGACCGAAGAUCAGCUGCGCAGUCACCGAUCGCGGGUGCCGGCCUCUGCCCGAUACGGAUGGCACCGCUUUGUGACCGCUGUGUGCAGCAGCUCUGCCAUGACCUCAUUGCCAUCGUCGUCUUCUAGAACGACGCCGUGCUCCUUGAUCUCUGGCGGUCUUUCAGCCGGAGUACUUCGGUCGCAUUGGUGGAGCCGUCGACGCCGUGCUGCUGUAGCGACGCUGAGCUGCGCUGGCGAGGCUCAGCCGCAGGCAGAGCAGGCCUCAUGCUCGUCUGUCGCCACGCAGCGCACGGAUGACGACGUGGUAACCACCUAUAGCCUCGGAGACAUGUUGAUGCGCAUGGCGGAGCUGCGUGUCUGCGUUCAAGCGCAGCUCUUGGAGGAGAGCAGCACGCGGGCAAAGGCAGAGGCGAGCGUCUUUGUAUCCAGAAAAUCGGGCCUUGCACUGACGAGGGCUAUCACGGAUGCUGACUCGCCCUUAUCGACGGCCGUUGGUCAGAAAGCAGCGGUCUCUUCGCCACCGACGGCGGGGACGGCCCAAUGGUGGGCAACAUACCUGGAGGAGCUCUGCCGAAGCUACUCUCCUCUGGCUCUGUAA